UGGUGGAUCUCAGUUGACGUCAGAGGUGGGUUGUUAGAGACACAAGUGCUCCUGGGCUGGAGAGCCAUUUUGUGUCUGGCAUACUACAAGCGGGAAGACUUACAUACUGGAGUCCAGAGCGAGCUACGGAUCCCGACCCCCUUACGAAAGCGCCAUGCACCGUGACUCUUGUCCGCUAGACUGCAAAGUCUAUGUAGGAAAUCUUGGAAACAAUGGAAAUAAAACGGAACUUGAGCGGUCUUUUGGCUACUAUGGACCUCUUCGUAGCGUGUGGGUUGCCAGGAAUCCCCCUGGCUUUGCAUUCGUAGAAUUUGAAGAUCUUAGAGAUGCAGCUGAUGCGGUUAGAGAGCUUGAUGGACGGACAAUGUGUGGAUGUCGCGUUAGGGUUGAAUUAUCGAAUGGUGAAAAACGAAGCCGUAAUCGCGGUCCUCCGCCAUCUUGGAACAGGAGGCCUAGGGAUUAUUACCGUAGGAGGAGUCCUCCUCCAAGACGCAGAUCUCCAAGGAGAAGGAGCUUUUCCCGUAGCCGUAGUAGGUCCCUUUCUAGAGAUCGUAGAAGAGAGAGAUCUUUGUCCAGAGAAAGGAACCACAAACCAUCACGUUCAUUUUCUAGAUCUAGAAGCCGUUCCAGGUCAAACGAAAGAAAAUAACACGGCUGCCUUCAACUGUGUACAGAUGAUGGAAAGAUUUUUGUUUUUUGACAUGCUUUUUAAACUUUUUUUUAUUAGGUGUUCACAUUGUAUUUGUCUUGUAACAAGUGAUGGAAAAUGUGGUUCUAUUAUGUUUCCAGACAGAAAAACUGGCAAAUAAACCUAACUUUAUACUGUAAAAAAAAAAAA